UACAAUGUGAUAGGUAAUUACGUUAUAAAAGCUAUAAUGUAUGCAGAAGAUAAUUAUAUUGAAUGAGUUAUACCACAGGAAUUUAUUGAAAAUGAAUGCUUGCCAAACCGAUAUGAAUUCAAGCAAAUAGAAAUAUUUGGGAUGCCCCAAAUUAUAUCUAAUCUAGGUCGAAUUUGAAUAUUUUAUUUACCAUGAUCAAUUAAUGCAGUUUGUUUACAGACCCACCCCUAUCCUAACUAGUCAUUAUAUUUUGCUCGAUAAAACAAAAAGUUUAUUAUUUAAAAAAGACACCACGCCACAAGUUAUCAUCGUGCACAAUACACGUGGAGCUAGUAAGUGUAAUAAUCAUGAUGAUAAGGAUAUUCCAAGAUUGUAACGGCACUCGAUCUUCAGACGGAUGUUACAAAACCACAUGAAGCAUUGAGGACUUUAAAAAAAGCACUCUCAGUUUCGUCAUGGUCUCAUUCAGCUAUCAUACAUAGAUUUAGCCAUUAUCUGCGGACACCCAUUCACACCCUACGCACACACACCCUACGCACACGCACCUAAACAGAGGCUUUUUAUUUGGACUAUGAUUCACGUGUAGUAGGUAGGCAGAGGAUACCUUCUAGCCUCGUCAGACAGUAGUCAUAAUUAUUUAUACAGUGCACCCUUCCGUGACUCACUGCAUACCGGGAACGUACAUUUCAAUAAUCUAACUUUUUGACUCCUGAAACUCGACGGAAAUCGGAGUACAAUACCAGAUACAACUCCGGCGGACUGUAUUGCUCAGGGGAUCAUCGCUGCUACACCUGUUUUGGGUGGAAUUAUUGCUUUGUAAUCCUGGAUCUUAGUUUUCGCAUGCACAGGUGUGAAACAAUCUUCGUCAUGACUAUUAUUGUGUAAAUAUUGGACUUUCUUCAUGUUACUAUUGGAGUGCUUUCGGAUAACUUUGAGUAGCAUGAAUCGCACGCAUUGAUAUCACUGUGUUUUGUCGGAGUCUAUUUGGAUUACCGUUUCAAUUGUGAAUCAAUUUAUUUGUAUAAAGUUCCUGUUCAGCGUUGUACUAUUAAGCGCAAUACAAUUUGGAAGUCAUGGAUGAAAUCAUACCUCACGAUUCAUUUCAAGAGGUUCCUACCAAAGGGGAACCGUCAUCGGUUAUGAUGUCCGCCGUGAAUACUAGUACGGUCUCCAAUUACGACAUUGAAAACAGUACGAAUAACGUGGUCGUCAUCAUGUCGACACGGACUUCAACAUUAAGUUCGACAUCAAGUUCGUCAUCGGUAGCCAAUAGGACGUCGAUGAUGAAUCUUUCGACACCGAGCCCGUAUAUUCCAGAUGAAUUUGUAUUAGAGAAUCGAAUGUACUUCGUGCCUUUGAUAACACUCAUACUCGUCAUCGGAAUCGUCGCAAACAUUCUUGCCAUCGUCGCAACGCGCCACGCCAUCAGCAAAUACAGAACUCAUCGGAGUCGGAAGGUGACCAUUGCUAGCUAUUUAAUACAAUGUCUUAUGAUGGUCGAUCUCAGUGCCGUGCUCGUCUUCUUUGUACGUGGAAUGUUCUAUAGUUUGUAUAAUGACCUUUAUUUUGAGUGCGACCUCAACUCGGUCACGAAUUAUUUCUUCUCGUGGUCGGCGGGGUUCAUCAACGCUAUCAUGUGCUUGGAGCGAUGUAUAGCAUUAUCCGCGCCGUUCUACUAUCACAGCAACGCAACCAUCAGCAAGGCAAGGAUCGCCGUCAUUGUCGUACUCGUUCUCGCCUUCCUCAUAGCGAUGCUGCCCAUCAUUGGCUUCGGGUCUUACACGACUCUCAUCAACGGAACUUACUACUGCAUCGGCCCUGGAGAUUUCACGCUCGAAGAAUCGGGCUUCGAUUUCCCCUUUGGUGUUCUCUUUUUAGUGACCGGCCUCGGCAUCCUUAUCUUCAUUCAUUCGUGCAACGUCAUCGUAAUAACGAAAAUAAUUCAGAUCCGACAACGUGCAUUACCCAUGCGAAGACAUGUUAAGAAAUCAGAGGCGACCGACGGGAUGAGUACGAAAUCGGCUCGGUCAACGAAAGAAGAGACGUCGUUCAUAAACGGAACAUAUGAAACGACGUCGUCCAGUACUAGUGCAGCAGGGAAUAACGAUAUACCUGAUGGCGAUGUUGGACACCAUUCACCGCUGCGUGGAGGUCGGCGACCUAAAAUAAAGAGACCUGGAAGAACGGAGAUUAGAGUCGCCAAGCAGAUCAUCGUCAUCUCAAUCGUAUUCACGAUUUCCUGGUUGCCAUUCUAUGUCCAACGUCUUCUCAAAGCUUUCGACGUCAACCAGCCCAACUGGUAUCUUCUCCUGGUCGUCGUCCUCCUCGUCAGCAACCAUGUCGUUGACCCGUUCGUCUUCGUGUUCAUGAAGCAGCAGAGUCGAGACGCACUCAAGGACCUCUGCAUGAGGUGCGUGUGCUGCCGUAAAUGUUGUGCGCCACCCGCAUUAUCAGAGCCUUCAAAUCUGAGUGGAAAUGGAAGACGGAUUCGUGGUGCAUCGAGACAAGAUAGUGGGGUCGUAGUGGUCACCGACCCCAUCCCUAACCCCGCCCAAAUCCUCGCCCAAAGCCCCGCCCAUAACCCCCAUCAGGACCACGCCCAUGACACUUCAGAUACUAGUAAUCCAUCGCCAUCAUGACGUCACCUACCCUCCCCGAUGCUCCACCUCCAGUACCAGUGCUGACGUCAUGUACAUCAAAUAAUUUCGGAUAAAACUUUCGGACAUGGACAUCGCAUGAUCUCCUCCUCUUCGAGGAGAACGACGACGACGGUGAAAAUUGACAUCAGAUUGUUUUCACAGAUAAUGAACAAUAUCACUCAGUGGAUGAUGUCGGACAACCGGACGUCACCGACAUCGGUCAUCGGUGAAUGGCUUCAUGGACGGCAUCGACAACAUCUUGUUAUCCUUGAGAUCGAAAUAUAGCUGAAUAGCUGCAUCGCCGGCUUCGAAAUAUCUUUGCCGGCUGUGACAAUGCUGUGUCGUCGAAGGAUUGUUUCUGAAAUGUAGACUUAUCUUAAAAGCGUUAUCAUGGUCAUACAGUUCCUUGGGCUAUUCAAAGUUUUAAAAGUUUUGCAUUAAUGCAAUAUGCAGAACAAAAGUACAAUGCUGAAAUUCAAUUCAUUCAUUCACGUUUUGUCAUAUACAAUGUAUAUAAAAUAAGACAUGACAUUAAUUUAUCUCCCGUCGGUGCCUCUAUACAAUACAAACAUACAUGUACGUUCAUUGUGGACCAUGAUCUUGCUUGUUGAAUAGUUAACCGCCCCUCCCCCUUUUUUAAAUAUUUAUUUAUACUGUUUUAUACUCAUGAAUGUAAAAAUCAGAAAUGCAAUUUUUUAAUAAUGACAUUUUUACUGAUAGGAUAUACGUUUUUUAAGUUUGGGAUGCUGUAACUCAUUUUAGGGCAAUCAAGCCGAAUUCUUGUGACAUUUUAAAGGAUGUGUUAUAUAAUGUCCGCUGUUAUUUUUAGUGUAUGAUUCGAUUUAAUCAAUUUUAAGCUGUCUUAUGCUAAAGUGUAAAUU